GAAGACGAACAAGAGGUUACCCUAUUAAACUUUGACACGUUUGUGUUUUGUUUAUAUGCUCGAAAAGGCAUUUUUAUUAAUUUUAAGAAAUUUUGUUUGGAAACGAUGAAAAUAAUCGUCGAAGGUUGUGCUCACGGCGAUUUGGAUACCAUCUACAACUCUAUAAAGGAAAUUGAAGAGAAAGAAGAUGUAAAAAUCGAUUUGUUAAUCUGUUGCGGUGAUUUUCAAUCUUCCAGAAACUACGAAGACUUGAAAUGUAUGGCAGUUCCGCCAAAAUAUUUAAAUAUAUGCUCAUUUUAUAAAUAUUAUAGCGGAGAGAAAAAAGCGCCCGUUUUAACUGUUUUUAUUGGCGGCAAUCAUGAGGCUUCGAAUUUUUUGCAAGAGUUACCCUAUGGGGGAUGGGUAGCGAAAAACAUUUACUACUUAGGAUACGCGGGGGUUAUAAAUAUCGCUGGUAUACGUAUAGCAGGUCUUUCGGGAAUUUAUAAGGGACGUGAUUUCCUAAGGGGGCGUUUUGAAAAAGCUCCCUACGACGAAAAUUCCAAAAGAAGCGUUUAUCAUAUAAGAAACCUCGAAGUGUUUAGGUUAAAACAGCUGUCCAAGCCCAUAGAUAUAUUUUUGUCCCACGACUGGCCAACGGGCAUUUGUAAUUUCGGCAAUAAGAAGCAGCUGCUCAAGAGAAAACCAUUUUUCAAAGAAGACAUUGAGUCCGGUCAGUUGGGCAGCAAACCGUGCGAGGAACUGUUGCACCUACUCAAACCAAAGUACUGGUUUUCUGCACAUCUGCAUUGCAAAUUCGCCGCGCUUGUUAAACACGAGGACAAUUGCAUUACCAAAUUUUUAGCUUUGGACAAGUGCCUGCCGAAGCGCAAGUUUCUGCAAGUGAUAGACGUGCCUCACGACGAUAACGAAACCAUUGAGAUAAACUACGACUUGGAAUGGCUGACAGUGUUAUAUCUGACAAACCAUUUAUUGAACGUUAAAAAUGUCAAUAAUUACAUGCCCGGGCCUGGAUGUUCGGAGAGGUAUGAUUUUACCCCUACGGUACAGGAAAAAGAGGUGGUUCUCAAGAAACUCAAUGGCAGCUUGAUGGUUCCGAAGAAUUUUCGGCCCACGGCACCGGCCUACCGGCCAAACACUCCCGUCAAAAAAUCAAAGAAAGCGAAGCAGCCCGAGGCCAAGUUGAACCCCCAGACCGUCGAGUUCUGCGAAUGCUUAAACAUGGACGACCCGGUGGCUCUCAUUUCCGAAAAGAACGGCGUGAACUUAAGUCUGGACGAGGACUGCGAUAACACGACUUUCGUCGACGAUAGCGACAGUUCUGGAGUGUCCGAGGAGUUUCAUUCGGCCCUUGAAUCCGCCAUAAUCACCCAGGAAAAGAUACUGAAAAAGAUCUCGCUCCCUGAGCCCAAGAAUAAGGAACAAGUAGGAAGCACGGAAGUGGCAGAAGGCGAUUCCGCCGAUUCGUCACAACCCGAUGGUGGUGAAGCACCGAGUACCGUGGAUUUGAAAGUGUGCGAAGAGAACAAAGCACCCACGUCACCAAAACGGAGUAUGGAAGCAACAGUUGGGCCAAAAAAAUUUAAAAGGAGAAACGCGGACAUUUACACUAACUCAAACGAUAGCUGACACUAGUUUAAUGCUUAAAUGACUUGCAGAGGUUCUUCGGACUAUCUAGUCAUUAUCAAGCAUUAUAGUUCAAUUUUAUUUAUUAGCGGUAAGACGAAUAUUAUGGGCUUAAGAAAGAAUUUUAAAUACCGAAACUUUUAAUAAAUAAAAC